AAUAAUCUGCAUAUUGUGCCGAUUGUGAUUUUUCAUGAUCAUCAAGUUAUAGUUCUCCCUCCCACCGUUAUUCUGCUUCCUUUUAAGGCAUUUCUUUAGACAUUCAAGCACAACAUCAUCACCACAUCAAACAUUGUCAUUUGCAAUUAUCAACGUAAUGUCAUACUAUAUUUAGAAACAAGUGGUUUUAACCCUCAGAGCGUCGUUAGUUUUAGACUGAGUGUAAUGGAGCUGCAACAUAGCGCUUCUGUGUCUGCGAAUGAAUAUGAAGAAAGUGAAGGGAUACAGAGAAUCGAUGCUGUUAGAACUGAAGAUAUUUAUCAAUGUCUUCAGCAACCAUCUACUGAAGCCUACCAUAAGAAUAAAACAGUGGUCUCAGAACAUUAUUGGGGGAAACGUGUGUUUUUGAUUGGUACUGUAAAUAUUCUGAUCUUAACUAUUAUAGUUGCCAUCGUGGCAAUGAGUUACUCUCUCCACAAAGAAACACAUCUGCUGGUGGCAAAUGGGCAAGAAGCAAAAAAUGAAGAAAAAUGGCUACUCUAUGACAAUGUGUUCUAUUUGUUCUGGAGUGAGCACAGUGACUGCAGCGCAGCUAUUAGAUUAUGUGCUGAGAGGGAUGCCAGCCUAGUCACUUUAACUUUAAAAAACAAGUUCUGGUUGCAGUCCAAAGCCAAUGGAAAGCAAUUUUUGGUCUUAAGAAGCUCACUGGAUGGAUCCGGAGACAGUGCUCCUGAAUAUUUGGCUCAGGAUGAAGUGCCUGAUGAUGAUGAAGAUAAUCAUCAGUGUGGCACCAUGACCCCUGAGACUGAUAAAGAUCACAGAGAAGGAUUUGUGUGUGAAAGGACAACCUCUUAAUGACAUUUUCAGACACUUUUAUUAAAUUUUAAAAUAUUGGUUUGUUGAACUGCUGAUGGAUUGUAUCUGAAUUUCACAUUGUGUGUGUGUG